UCUUCGCCACCGCCCGUGCACACGCCGUCGAAACCGCCUACGGCCACAACGCACGCACGCCGCCGCGGAGGAAUUCUCGGCUCGCGCGCCUCGUCGCCGCACUCCCCCCUCCCCGUCCGCCCUGAUUGGCGUGAAGUGGGGUUGGUUGCUCUUCUCGGUCGUAGCUGAUUUCUUCGCUGGAUCCAUCCCGCAUGGUGCGGUUCGUUCUCCAAGAAGUUUGGGGACGCUAGGAGGCCGCCCAGCAGCCAUGAUGAUGUCCGACGACGACGACGCGGAGCCGCAGCUCAGGACGGUGCAGAGCUACUACCUCCUUGACGCGGCGGGUGAGCCCGUCUCCUUCUCCACCCUGCCGCUCCUGUUCGGGGACGCCGGUGACAACGAUGUUCCCGAAUGCAAGAAGAGGCUGGUGCUGCGGGGAACUGCUGACCCCGGCAUCAAGGUGUACAAGGAGGUGGUCGCCUGGAGGUUGGGCCUCGAGGGGAAGCAGCCUGAGGUUGCGGUGCUCGCAGCAGAUGGCGGCUGGAUAAACCUUGUAAAGCCAAAGAACAGCUAUGAGGAGACGGUGAGGACGGUACUGAUCACGGCGCAGAUGCUUCACUUCAUCAGGAGGAAGCCUGACGAUCCUGAGAAUAAUUUGUGGAAUCACCUUCGCAAAGUUUUCGACAAGUUCGAUGUUAGGCCCUCGGAAGAUGACUUCAGGAAUCACCACUCACUGAUUAAGCUGUUUGCUGAUAAGGAUCCAGCCUUAUCAAAGUCAGAGGUUUUGCGAGUACUUAUUGAAGCAAGGUCUAGGAAAAAUAUCAUUGAGGUUGGUGCAGAUAAUAUUGAGAUCAAGCAGCCGUUCAUUGCUGAUGAUGAGGAAAUAUAUGGGAUGGUUGCUGAUGACAAUAAUAAUGAAUCUGAUGAAGAAGAGGAUGAGGAUUUGUUUGAUUCAAUUUGUGCCAUAUGUGACAAUGGAGGAGACCUGUUAUGCUGUGAUGGCCCAUGUAUGAGAUCCUUCCAUGCAAAAGAAGGAACUGGUGAAGACUCCUAUUGUGAUACCCUUGGAUACACUGAGGCAGAAGUUGAGGCAAUGAAAAUAUUUCUGUGCAAGAACUGUGAGUAUAAGCAACACCAGUGUUUUAUCUGUGGAGUGUUGGAGCCUUCAGAUGGAGCAGCAGCGAAGGUAUUUCUUUGUAACAAUGCUACCUGUGGGCACUUUUACCACCCCAAAUGUGUUGCACAACAACUUCACCCUAACAACAGGAAUGAAGCCUCAGAAUUGGAGAAGAAGAUAACAGAUGGUUUUUCAUUUACAUGCCCCAUUCAUUGGUGCUUUCAUUGUAAAGGUUUGGAGGACAGAACGCAAGAACCUUUGCAGUUUGCUGUUUGCAGACGCUGUCCGAAGUCAUAUCACAGAAAAUGUUUGCCAAGUGAAAUUUCCUUUCAAGAUAUUGAAGAUGAGGACAUCAUCACACGGGCUUGGGAAUUAUCAAAAAGAAUUUUAAUAUACUGCAUGGACCAUGAGAUUGAUAGCGAGAUUGAUACACCUGUCAGGGAUCAUAUAAAGUUUCCAAAGAUUGAAAAGAUUGAAAAAACAGCAGAAUUUAUAAAGAAGAAAGCUAAGUCGCUGAUUAAGAAGAAAAAGAGGACUUAUAGUGAAUCGGUUCUUGGUCAAACAUCAAAAGAACCUGCGGAGAUGACAGACAAGGUUUAUUUGCAAGAAAGGGAACAAACCACCAGAAAAGUUCCUGUAAAAAUUUCGUCUGAGAACCUUGUUGAUAAACCUGAAAAGAAAAAAGCCAAGUUCUUGAAAGAGAAAAUACAGGUGAAAACACAUAUGGCCAAGGAUGGUUCUAUAAGUAGUCCAAAACCUGCGAAAGAGCAAGAACAAGAGAUUGUACCUUUGCCCUCAUCUGCUACAAGGAAGAUACCCCUGAGUUCAUUUCCUACAGUGGACAGUGAAACUGAAAAGAGGGUAAUUGCUUUGCUGGGAAAAGAAGUCUCUUCCUUGACACUGAAAGAUGUUUCAAGAAAGUGCAGGGUACCAUCAACUCAUGUAUACUCUGGCAGGCAAAUUGACAGGAUUAUUGCACAAGGCAAGCUUGAGCGUUCUGUUCAGGCUGUAGGAGCAGCUUUAAAAAAGCUUGAAAAUGGAGGCAAUAUUGAUGAUUCUAAAGCAGUAUGUGAACCUGAAGUUUUGAGACAGCUUGCAAGAUGGCAUAGUAAGCUCAGAGUAUACAUAUCACCUUUUAUUCAUGGCACACGCUACAGUUCUUUUGGUCGACAUUUUACGAAGGUGGAAAAGCUUGUUGAGAUUGUUGAUAAACUUCACUGGUAUGUGGAUUCUGGUGACAUGAUAGUAGAUUUCUGCUGCGGUGCAAAUGAUUUCUGCCGACUGAUGAAAGAAAAACUUGACCAUGUUAAGAAAAAGUGCCAUUUCAAGAAUUAUGACCUUAUCCAACCACAGAAUCACUUCUGUUUUGAAAAGAGGGAUUGGAUGACCGUGCAGCCCAAUGAGCUGCCUCGUGGGUCUCAACUAAUUAUGGGGCUUAAUCCUCCUUUUGGAGUCAAAGCAUCUCUUGCGAACAAAUUUAUUGAUAAAGCAUUGGCAUUUAAUCCUAAGCUCAUUGUACUAAUUGUCCCCAAAGAGACUAAACGGUUAGAUCAAAAGAAGACACCAUUGACACCAUAUGAUUUGGUUUGGGAGGAUAGUGAAUGUCUUGCUGGGAAGGUGUUUUAUUUGCCUGGUUCUGUAGAUCUGAAUGAUAAAACUGUUGAAGGUUGGAAUGCAUCUGCACCACCUCUCUAUUUGUGGAGUCAUCCUGAUUGGACAAAGAAGCACAAAAAAAUAGCUGAAGAGCAUAAUCACGCAUGUAUAGGGAAGAGAGCUUGCCAUAUUGAAGAGGUUAAUCUAUCAGACGAUCUUCUGAAGAAAGAAGCUGAAUCUUCUGACAAACUAAAUGCUAGAUCAGGGAAAGAGAAAGAGAAUACAGGAAAGAUGUCAUGCCAUCCCAAAGAGGAUAAUAUAUCAGAUGAUCUCCCCACGAGGAAACAAGCUGAGGCUGGCAGCAAAUGGAACUCUGGAUCAGGGAAAGAGAGAUAUAAUAUAGAUAAAACUGUAUGCAAUGUCAGUGGGGCCAUUCUGUCGGAUGAACGUCCUGCUAAGAAACAUGCUAGAUCUGAAGAAGAGAAAGAGACUCUAGUGAAGAAUGCAUUCCAUGUGAAAGAGGCUGAUAGGCGGGAUAACUUGUCUGUGAAGAGAAAAGCUGAAUCCACCAGGGAAAAAACCUCUCAAUCAGGAAAAGAAAAAGUGAAUGGCAGGGACGAAAGCAGGAGCUCAGAUAACUGGAGCAGGAAGUGGGCCCCUGAUCAGGUAGACAAUCUCCCUCCCGAAAAGCAAGUGGAAGUUGCGUACGAGGAAACAAAAGUUAUCCCAAGUAAAAAGAGUAUACACAAAGAACAAAGACUUGCUCACCGCGAAGAUGAAAGAAAUGCUCAUAGGGAUGAAUCCAAGAGUGCUCUGAACUAUGAGAAAAGAGCAGCUGUGAUGUCAAAUAUCAAGUUCAGGGAGGGAGGGGAUUCAGACAUGAGUAUCUCAUCCCCUGAUAACAGCAAUGCUCGAAGCAAAUCCAGGAGCCAGUCCCCUUUUAUACCAACUGAACACACCUUUGAGAGGAGAGCUCACCUGGAUAGCUACAUGAGCGGUCCUGCAAAAGAACCUUUUGUCUCUGCAUUGGAUAGAGCUACUUAUGAGGGCAGUUAUUUGGCAAGCAAUGAUGAAUACUAUGCACUUAAGAGGAAAAAUGAUCCUACUUUUUACGUUGAAAUUGAUAAUAGCACAAGGAAGAGUGGCUCCAACAUUGAAGACAUGACCAAGAUUUAUGGCUCUGCUCCAACUGGUGGUAUGUACAGUUUGCAACCUAGAGGAGAUGAUGGUAGUUUCUAUAGGCGGCAGAACUCAGAAGAGUGGAACACUAGUGUUUCUGAGAGGAGCCCAGUUGCUGACAUGCCUAUGCAAGGACACCUCACAAGGUAUGGUGGACAAGUUGGUGAUAGUUACCUACAAACUGGAAGGACCCCACCGGUCACUAGUGUUUCUGAGAGUCCAGUUGCUGAUAUGCUUAUUAUGCAAGGACACCUCACAAGGUAUGGUGGACAAGUUGGUGAUAGUUACCAACAAACUGGAAGGACCCCACCAGUCAUAGACUCGCAAGCACAACUAAGAAUGCAUGGUGCAGCCAGUGCUGAUGAUUACCUACAGACAAGAUACUACUCUCUUGGAUCUUCAGCUGCUAGAUUUGGCCAGCCUGCUUCUACUACUCACUCUUUUGGUCUCUCAGGUGCCAGUGCACCACGAGGUUCGGUUAUGGACAAGUAUGCGUAUGGGCUUUCGAGUCCAAGUGGACCACAAAACUCAGUUAUGGACAAAUAUACUCCCUCCCUCGACGGAACAAACAACAAGAAACCCACGAGCGUAUUGCCUAAACAGUACCCAUACGGAUGACCUGGCUCUUCUGGUGACGGGUGGCCUCGUAUCUGAUCCCUGAAGCUUCAAGUUCUCAACGGCAUGCAACUUUUGACCUGACCUACCGUGUGUACCAUGUUAACUACGUUAUUAUAAUAGAAUGCAGGUUGAGCAAACUCAGUCUCUUGAAGUUAAGGUCCCAUGGUAGAUGAUUUUGUUGUCGUUUCGACAAUGCUAGCUCAUCCAGUAUGCCCUUUUUUCUCUAGAUGUUAAGAACGAUUGGAUUGCAAAGAGUAGUGCAGACAAAAACAGAUUUGAACUCUUAUCUUUUCUCA